CGGGGCCUGCUUCUCGCUGAGGAACUGCCGAGGCUCCGCGGGGCCGGCGGAUUAGCCCAAAGCGCCAGCAACCGAGUUCCGGCGCCCGAGCCGCGCCCGGAGCCGCGGUGGGGGAGGGGCGGCGGCGGCCCGCGCGGCGCCGAACUUCCCAGAAUUCCCAGCGGCCGCGGGGAAAGUUUACGGGAUGUAGGCGGCGGCGGCGGUGGUGGUAGCGGUUACCCGGCGGCCCGCGGUGGACCAUGGCCCUGGCCCUGGACCGGCGUCGCUGGGCUCUUCUCAAGGCGUCCCCGGGCAGCGUCGCAGAGCGGGCCGACUUCCGGGAAGGAACUGACCAGCGACUGAGCGGCGGCCGGCGCUAUUAGCGCCCUGAACAUGCGGCAGUCCCUGCGGGCAAUCCCGGGCUCCGGACAGGCGGCGGCGGAGGCGGAGGCGGAGGCGGAGGCGGCGGCGGCGGCUCGAGAGGGAAGGAGGCGGCGGCGCCGGCGGAGGUGGCGGCGGAGACGGCCGGCGCCCGGCGCCGAUCCCUAGGGAGGCAGCUCAGCGCGGCCUCGGGCCUCCUCGUGAAGGAUGCUGUCCCGAAAGAAAACCAAAAACGAAGUGUCCAAGCCGGCCGAGGUGCAGGGGAAGUACGUGAAGAAGGAGACGUCGCCUCUGCUUCGGAAUCUUAUGCCUUCAUUCAUCCGGCAUGGUCCAACAAUUCCCAGACGAACUGAUAUCUGUCUUCCAGAUUCAAGUCCUAAUGCUUUUUCAGCUUCUGGAGAUGGGGUAGUUUCAAGAAACCAGAGUUUCCUUAGAAGUCCAAUUCAAAGAACACCUCAUGAAAUAAUGAGAAGAGAAAGCAACAGAUUAUCUGCACCUUCUUAUCUUGCCAGAAGCCUAGCAGAUGUUCCUAGAGAGUAUGGCUCUUCUCAGUCAUUUGUAACGGAAGUUAAUUUUGCUGUUGAAAAUGGAGACUCUGGUUCCCGAUAUUAUUAUUCAGACAAUUUUUUUGAUGGUCAGAGAAAGCGGCCACUUGGAGAUCGUACACAUGAAGAAUACAGAUAUUAUGAAUACAACCAUGAUCUCUUCCAAAGAAUGCCUCAGAAUCAGGGGAGGCAUGCUUCAGGUAUUGGGAGAGUUGCUGCUACAUCUUUAGGAAAUUUGACUAACCAUGGUUCUGAAGAUUUACCCCUUCCUCCUGGCUGGUCUGUGGACUGGACAAUGAGAGGGAGAAAAUACUAUAUAGAUCAUAACACAAAUACAACUCACUGGAGCCAUCCUCUUGAGCGAGAAGGCCUUCCUCCGGGAUGGGAGCGAGUUGAGUCAUCAGAAUUUGGAACCUAUUAUGUAGAUCACACAAAUAAGAAGGCUCAGUAUAGGCAUCCCUGUGCUCCUAGUGUACCUCGGUAUGAUCAGCCACCUCCUGUCACUUACCAGCCACAGCAAACGGAAAGAAAUCAGUCCCUUCUGGUACCUGCAAAUCCAUAUCACACUGCAGAAAUUCCUGACUGGCUUCAGGUUUAUGCUCGAGCCCCUGUGAAAUAUGACCACAUUCUGAAGUGGGAACUCUUCCAGCUGGCUGACCUGGAUACAUACCAGGGAAUGCUAAAGUUGCUCUUCAUGAAAGAAUUGGAGCAGAUUGUUAAGAUGUAUGAAGCAUACAGACAAGCUCUUCUUACAGAGUUGGAAAACCGAAAGCAGAGACAGCAGUGGUAUGCCCAACAACAUGGAAAAAAUUUUUGAGCUGAUUUUUUAAAAAUAAAAUUUAAGUUUUAUAAGAGCUUUAAAAUAUUUUCACAGAUAGAAAAUAGCAAACAAGUACUUUGGUUAAUAAACACAGCUUCCUUUGUGGAAAUUAUAAAAUUCUAACUUUACAUGUAUUUUGUUAUUAGAAAUUUUCUUUUAGUGAACAAGAAAAAUUAGUCUAUAAUUUUAAGAGCCAAUAUGGCAAACACUUUCAAGUGCUAUAUAUUAGGAAACUGCUUUGGUAUUCUUGAUGGAAAAAAUGCAGCAGGAAAUGUCAUUAUGAACAGACUUUAAAUAGGAAAUUAUCACUUGUUAACUUCUUAUAGCAGUAGUACCUUUCU